GCGUGAAUAGUGCAACAUUGGAAGUGUUUGUAGGAGAUCAUUUCCAUCUCCCACAGACAGCCACAUAAGAUCAUGGGCCUUCACCUUGACUUUGGAUGGUAAAUAAAGCUACAUAUCAUACAUAGCGAAAGAUGUGUGUUGUUCUCUUCUUCUUGUGUGAAGCCAAAGCCACAACAACAACCAUUGGAACAACCCAACAACAUAGUGAACAACAACCUUGGUAAUAAUAACCAUGGAGAGCACCGAAGACUCAUCCACGAGUUCACAGCAACAACCGAACCUGCCACCCGGGUUUCGGUUCCACCCCACAGACGAGGAGCUCGUGGUUCAUUACCUCAAGAAGAAAGUAGAUUCUGUUCCUCUCCCUGUUUCAAUCAUCGCUGAUGUUGAUCUCUACAAGUUUGAUCCAUGGGAAUUACCAGCCAAAGCAUCGUUUGGGGCGGAAGAGUGGUACUUUUUCAGCCCGAGAGAAAGGAAGUACCCGAAUGGCGCGAGGCCAAACAGGGCUGCAACUUCAGGGUAUUGGAAAGCCACGGGGACAGAUAAGCCUAUAUGUAGUGGAACUCAAAAGGUUGGGGUGAAGAAAUCUUUGGUUUUCUAUGGAGGGAAGCCACCAAAAGGGGUCAAAACCGAUUGGAUCAUGCAUGAGUACCGUGUUACUGAAAACAAGCCAAACAAUAGGCCUCCUGGGUGUGACUUGGGCCACAAGAAAAACUCCCUAAGGCUGGAUGAUUGGGUGUUGUGCCGAAUCUACAAGAAGGGCAACACACAAAGGUCACAUGAGAGGGACGAUUCCAUUGAUGACAUGAUUGGAGAAGUACCUCCUUCCAUCAACGUGGGCCACAUGAGUGCGAGGUUUCACCUUUCAAGGAUGUCCACGAGCUACAGUGGUGCAUUGUUGGAAAAUGACAGAAACACGUUAGAAGGGGUGGUUAUAGGCAAUGGUAGUGUGAAUGGGAUCAGCAAUACUAAUAAUAUUACAAGUGUCAUAUCAUCAUCUCAUCAGUUUGGCACCUCAAACUCCAAGGCAGAGCUUCUUCCUUUUGUCCCUUCAAACAACACUUCUAAUUCGGCCUCCAAAAGAACACUCUCAUCACUCUAUUGGAAUGUUGAUGAUCACAAACACUUCAAUUUGGACAGUAAUGGGAAUGUGAGUGUUUUGAGGACAGAUCAAGAGAAUAAUAAUAAUAAUAAUGGUACUUCUGGCUCCUUUGCUACUCUGCUUAACCAGCUUCCACAAACACCUUCAUUGCCCCAAAUAGAUGGGUUACUUCGGACACCGUAUCAAAUACAAGGGACCAAUUGGUAUGGUUAAUUCCAUUUUGAGGGGUAUGCUUGAUAUGAUAAUUUCAUAAUUAUAAUGCACAAGGAGAUCAAAUUGAACUAAGGUGUGGCAAGGGAUCCUCAACUUGUGCUAGAUUGCAAGGAUUUUAAAAGGGUCAUUGAGAUUGUGGUUUAAUUGUUAGGAGAAUGGAAGAAUGUUAGAGCACACUAAUCAAUGUUUUCUUUCAACCAUUUGCAGGUAGCUAAGGGCAAUUAAUACCACAUGAGGUGAGGGUGUAAGACCUUGGAACUUUUAGUUUAAUUAUUAUAUAGAUCGGUAUAGUAACAUAGAUAAAGAUAGAUAUAUAGAAGCAUAUUUGCUUGUUUUAUUAGUGUGUAAAGAAACAAAAUGAGGGUAAAAACUUUCGAGAGAGGAUAAAAGAAAGAGUUAGCCACAGUUCUAUAUAUAUAUACUUUGCUUUAUGAUACAGAAUGAAGAGUAUAGAAAAUAUACUUCAGAACGAUAUAAAUUGAUGCAAGAUUUUAAAAUAUGUAUAUUGAUUGUAUUUAUGGUUUGUCUAUCUAUAACUUGUUCAUGAA